AUGGAGUCGGACCUGCUUGGCAUGCACCACGCCUCGAGCAGCGACCCGCACCCGAUCCUUCACUCUGCGCUCCUCGUCCUCGCCACGCUCGCCGCCGUGGUGCUCGUUCGGCUGCUGUGGCCCGAGGCGAGCCGCGCGGAGCUGCUGUGGACGAUCGACCCGCCCGAGGCGGCGCGGCAGCACAUCCGGCGGCUGAUCCUCCCGUCCGAGGCCAUCCGCCUCCGACCGCGGAGCACGGUGGUGCAGCGGGUGCUCACCCGCGGCCACGAGGCUGCCAGCCUGCUUCGGUCGCCGUCCGGGAAGCAGCGGCCGCACCCGUCGCCGCACGCGUUUGUGUUCGACCCGACGGUGGCCGCGGCGCACGACGUGACUCCGCUGCUCGUCUUUGUCAACCCGGGGUCGGGCGGGCGACAGGGCCAGGCGGCGCUCGCGCAGCUCCGCUCGCUCCUCUCGCCACAGCAGGCCGUCGUCGACCUCACCCUCGGCCAGUCCACCCUCGAGGAGGCGCUCCACUCGCACCAUACCCCCAGAGUGGUCGAACCCAGCGCGGCAGUCAGCUCCCCGGCUGGCGACGGCACCGUCGGGUGGGUCCUCGCGAUGAUCGACUCACUCCACCUCGACUACACGCCGCCGGUGGCCCUCGACUGGCACACGCGGCGGCAGAUGGCGCCGCACCUCUUCACGUCGCAGCUGCGCAACAAGCUGCGCUACGCGCGGUACGGGGCCCGGCAGCUCUUCCAGGGCGGCGCCUUCAACUCGCUGCUCCAGCGAGCCGCUGAUGGCGUGCGGCUGCAGCUGCCCCCGGGUACGCAGGGCGUCAUCGUGCUCAACAUCGCGUCGUAUGGAGGAGGCUCCGACCUGUGGGGCGGGGAGGAGUUUGGGAGAGGCCGGCUCCCCGAGCACGCGUCUCCGCCGUGGGCGGAGCCCUCGAUGGCCGACGGGCUGCUCGAGGUCGUCGCCGUGCGCGGCGUGCUGCAGCUGGGCCUGGCGCAGAUGUCGCUCACCGGCGCGACCAGGCUGGCGCAGUGCUCGUGCUUGUCCAUCUCGUCGACGGUGCCGCUGCCGGUGCAGGUGGACGGCGAGCCGUUCCAGCUGCAGCCCGUCUUCGCCCCUCGCUCGCCGAUGACGCUGACGGCCGUGAUGCUCUCGCGGUCGGACGUGCGCACCGACGGGGCCGCCCUCGGCGCGCUCGACUGGGCGGUCGAGCAAGGCGUCAUCAGCGUGGAGCAGCACCAGGCGGUGCUGCGCGAGGUCGCGCGGCGGACGGGCUCGCUCCAGCGACUCGGACACCGCAGCGCGUCGUACGGCGGAUCGCGCACCCACCUGCCCGUCGCGUCCUCCGGAUCCACCUCCUCGCUCGCCUCCCUCGCGCGCGUCGCGGAGCAGCUCAUCGACGACUGA